AUGGCAACAGAAGUUAUAAGCAUGGGGCUGCAAUUUCUGCUACUAUUUUCACUUGGGUUAGUGUGUGUCUUGUGGGUGUACCGAUCCAAGAAAGGAAAUAGGAAGCAGAUUUCUGGAUCAAUGGGAUGGCCAUUCAUUGGAGAGACAAUAAGCCUCUAUCUCUCUAUGUCCUCUGGUCGCUUACAACAAUUCGUGGCUCAACGACAACAACGAUAUGGGAGGAUUUUCGCGUCUCAUCUGUUUGGAAGAAGGGUGAUAAUUUCAACAGAUUACGAUCUAAACAAAUAUCUGAUGAACAAUGAAGGAAGAAUCACUGAAGCCUGCUAUGCAAAGGGCGUUGUUGAUUUGUUUGGGAAGUAUGGUAUGAUUUGUAUUAAUGGAGAUCUCCACAAGAAGCUUCGGGGUAUUGCAGUUAGCUUAACUAAACUUGAAAACUUGCGGACCCAUUUCAUGGAGGAUAUACAUUUCAUCGUACAAAGCUCACUAUCUACAUGGAAUGGAAAAGAUAUCCUGCUCCAAAAGGAGUGCCAUAAGAUGAAUCUGAGGUUGAUAGCUAAACAAUUGCUGGGGCUGACAGAUCCCAGGGAAAUCGAUGAGAUUGAUGAUUUAUAUGGUGAUUUUACAGGGGCUUUUCUUUCUCCUCCUUGGAAAAUCCCUGGAACAGGUUAUGCCAAAGGUCAUCGGGCUAGGAAGCUUCUGAUAAAGAAAAUUCAUGAAAUUAUUGAGCAGAAAAAGGCUCAAACGAAUGUUAUGCAUAAUGAUUUUGUAACAAAGCUUCUCACAGAGUACUCCCUCGCAGACGAAGUGGUGGCUGAGUUCCUGCUCUUUAUGUUGUUUGCCGGGCAUGAAACCUCGUCUAGAGCCAUGGUAUUGAGUGUCAAAUAUCUGACUGAUUGCCCCAAGGCACUGGAGCAGCUCAGAGAUGAAUGUGGCUCUCAAAUUAAGGAAAAAGGAAUCAACCACAAAUUAACAUGGGGUGACUAUAAGUCAAUGAAAUUCACUCAAUGUGUUAUAAACGAGACUCUACAUUUGGCUAACAUUUCUCCAUUUCUAGAAAGAAAAACUCUCCAAGAUGUUGAAAUGAAAGAUAUUUGA